AAUAAAUAAAGAGAUGCAAGCUUAUACAGAUAAAACAGACAGUAUGACACAAGAAAUUAAAAGCCUCUCUGAUUUGAUUGUUUCUAUACAAGAUGAAAAUAAUAAAAUCGUGGUCAAAACUUCAACGCAAUUUGAAAAGUUUAAAUCAAAGCACAGCGUUAUGUACAAACUCCUACAACAAAGAUUGAUGCCCAUUGACAAACUGAUUCAAAUCUUUAACCAGAACUUGGAAACUAGGGAAGAAAGAAUAAAUAAGCUGGGUGAACUUGAAAAUAGUAUUUCCAAGUUGUCCAACGAUUUUCAUCUCAUCGGUAAGUUUGGUUUAAAAAAUGGUUUGAAUCAUAUUUAUAUAACAGUAGUGAUUUAA